UGGAGACGUAUGCGUGUUGCUUGUGAGCACUGGAGUGACCAAGCGUGUCCAGGUUCCCUCAGUUUAGUGAUAUUUGACGGAGUUCUCCAUCGUUCACUCAGAUCAGCUGGGUGGCCGCAUGUUGCUGCCCACAUUAGGAAAACGUGUCGGUCGCUUGAGAAAUUUUAAUAAAACUUUCAGAGUGUGGUUAACCUCCACUAGAACAUCAUAUAUACUUACGUGAUAUAUUUGUUAUCGGCCGUAUGUGAAAUAAAGAAAAGUUUGUGCGUAUGCAGGAAGUUUGCGGUGAAUAAUCAUGCGUGUGGCCGGGAGGGGUGGGACUUAGUUGCACUGGUGGCCGUCAGAGGGACGGUCGGUCGGAAUAUUUUUGAGCAAAAAAUUAUCUAAAUAAAAUUCGAAAGGCGCCAUAGUGACUGGGUUCAAGGUAAGCGGAGGAUGUCGGAGUAAUUUCGGCUGGUGUGGGUGUGAUUGAAGCUGGGAAGCUAGUGAUAUUAACGGUGUAAUCAGCGUUUGAAAAAGAGGGCGGUGGGUGACCCUCCUAACUCUUUCGACCCAAAAACGAAAAACAGGAAAAUGAAAGCAGUCGACGUUAAUCGAAUUUGAGGGAGUCUUAGGUCGGGUCGGACCGCAGCAGUGGAUCAGUUCUCUUCGCUAUUUAUGUCUCCAAAGGAACAUGAGCAUCAGAGAGGGUAAAGCUGGCAGGCGGAGUGAUUCUGUGUGGUCCCACUUUAGCAAAAGAUGGACAGACGAAAAGCAUUAUGUUGUGAUUUGUGUUCACUGUAAACAAAGGGUUAGUGCGAAGGUUGACCGGCUGAGGAGACACUUGAGGAAGUGUGUACCGUGUUACCAUAUAACAAAACCUGAUAUAGAGGGGAUGGAGGACUCCCCAUUGGCCAGUACAAGCAGUAGUGAUCCUCAGCCAAUAACCUCUGAGUGUCCUUCACAUCUACCAAAUGUAGACGCUUCAUCCUCUCGGCUUUCUCCAUCGUGGAAACUGGAGAAUGUUCUUGUUGAUAGUAAGGACUCUCCGCACUCCCCGUCCGCAAUGGCGAACCAACAAUACUGCCUCAAGUGGAACAACCACCAGUCAAACCUUUUGCGAGCCUUUGAUCGCUUACUGCAGUCGGAAUCUUUCACAGAUGUUACCUUAGCCUGUGAAGGCAAGUCACUUAGGGCACACAAGGUGGUUUUAUCAGCAUGUAGCAGUUACUUUGAGCAACUAUUCGAAGAGCAUCCGGACAAAUCACCAAUCAUUAUUUUAAAGGACAUGAAGUUCACUCACGUCUCCCAGCUGGUCACCUUCAUGUAUCGUGGAGAAAUUAACAUUACUCAGGACAUGCUGUCUGGAUUGCUCAAGACAGCAGAGACCCUAAAAGUGAAAGGGUUGGCAGAAGUGUCAGGUGAUCAACCUGUGGCACAAGUUGCCAACCCAAUUCCACCCAUCUUACGGCUUGGAGUUGUCCCCCAUAUCCCACGUUCUCAAGAAAUGUUACAACAUUCCCGGCAGGCUACACUUCCUCAGAUGGCACCGCCCAACAGCUCUCCGCUGACCACGGCCCUCAAUGCUCCCAUGGUCACACCACCAACAGUCACCCCACUAUCUGCUUUGCUCAACCCAUAUGGUAUAGGCCUUGAUGAGCGAAGAGUAAAUCUUCUGAAACGUAUGAGCCAGGAGCAUGAGGCCGAAGUUGGAAAUGGAGUAGGCAACAUUAGUAUUGGUGGGGAAAGAGGUGGAAGUGGAGGUAGUAGUGGGAGUGGUAGUGGAGGUGGUGGUGGGGGUGGUGGUGGUGGUAAUGGGAGUGGUGGUGGUGGUGGUAGUAGUGGAGGUGGAAGUAGCAGCAGUGGAAAUGGAGGAAGCCAUGAACCACCCUCAAAAAUGGCACGACAUGAACCAGAAGAACAAGAGUCUACCCAGCUCCCACAUGGCUCCAUUUUUGUCAACACUCCGGAAAAAAUUUCUGCUAAUUCCUCCAUGCAAAAUGUCCUUACUCCUAUUCCACACGAACUGACUGUCAACUCACGGCAAGAACUGCCUGACUUCCUGAAAUCUUUCACCAUUUUUAAGUUAAAUGACUACUUGGGAUUCCGCACCCGGCAGCAGUUUUGGGAAGAACCUGCUGUCCGACGCAUUCUCGAGGGAAUUAAGAACAAGGAAAUAGACAUGAAGAGUGCUGCCGAACUUCUGGGUGUGUCAUACGGAACUCUGUAUGGAAGAUAUCGUGAGGUAUUUGGUUACCUCAAGCAUGCAUGGGUAAACAAACAAGGGCGUGCUGAGCGCUCUGCACUGAAGGAACGUUCCAUGUGGGAGGAAUCCCGAGCCCAGGAGUUGAUCCAACGGGUUCUUAGCAAAGAGCUCUCUCUUACCGCAGCAGCAGUCAGACUUGGUGUAGAUACCAACACCUUCUUUGCACAUCUCACAGAUCAUGGCAAGAACAAGAGUCGUGUGGCUCUCCUCCUGGGUACAGACACUAACAACUCUGAUAGCUCCUUCAAUAUGAAUACAAAUACCAAUCACAGUGAAGAUUCAAACUCUGCUAAUGCAUCCUCAGUUGAUCUUGUGGGUGAAGAUUCUAAUCCUCCUGAUAAUGGUGGUGGGCAAGCAAGUGAUGACAGCAACAUGGAGAGCCUAUCAGAAAAUGCACAGAUUGAAUCAGAAGUUAAUGGAGAAAAAGAUGAUGCCGAAGAACCUUUAAUUAUUGAUGAUGCUGCUGAUAACCAAACCAGAUCCACAGAGCAGCAAAUUCUUGGACUACAGGAAAUGAGUACAGAUGAAGGGGUAGAGGGGCAAAUGGUGGAGGACCAACAGGAAACCACCCAGCAGUCCAUGGAAACCUUCCAGUCCAUAGUUGAGGAUGAUUCCAACAAUUUGUAUGCUGAUGCCUCGUAAAUUAUGCACUGAAGUAUUUUGCCUUCAGACUCAAAGCAACCUGGCACAAAUAUCUUUAUAGUUUAUUCUUGAUUUAAAGUGUUUUAAGUGUGAGCUUUAAGGUCAAAUGUGGUUAUAGAGCAAAUACAGCUCAACUAUUUAAAACCUGAAAUUGUGUUGGAAGGAUUAAAGUAGCUUCCUCAACAUCAUACUUAAAGAUGUGUAAAUCUGAGGGCUAUUGGAUAUCUGUGUUGGAAUUCUGCAUGACAAAAGGCAUUUGUUAACCAAAAGUUAUACAGAAGGAAUGAGAGGAUGUGAGCAAAAGUGUGUUUUUUAUUAGAUGUGUUGCUACUAGUUUGUUGAGUGUUUAUCAAAGUGUUUGACUGUUGGAAAGUACUUUAGAAUAGAUUAAUGCAAAGUUUAUGUGUUGUUUAUUAAGGUAGGGCUCAAAAUGUGACUAGAUAAAGCUCAGAGGCAUUAUCCUCACGCCAUAGAGUUUGUUAUGGUACAAGUAAUGGUACAAGGCUAGACGAUUUUUGAAUGGAUUUUAUGUUUAAUCUGAUAAAACAAAACUAGUUUUACAAGAGAGACCUAGAUAGAAACUUGGUCCUGUCUUUUACCAUCAAAGUAAGUUGAUGAAAUAUGUUAAUAAAGGUAGAGUCAGGCCAAAUUAUAGUUUUACAGUUCUAACUGGGUAAUUCAACUGAAGAUGUGUUGAAGUGCCAUGAGUUUCAUUACCAGGUCAUAGUGUAUAAAGUGAUGGUCAUUGAUGUGCAAUUUAAUUGUGAUUCUGUGAGAAGCUUGUGGAAUGACACAGUAUUUGACCUGAUUCUGUAAUCAUGUUAUUUUCAUUCAUUUUAUAUAUAUAUAUAUAUAUAUUUAUGAAAACUUCUUGCAAAGAACUGGCUUUGAACUCUCUUUGGAGUCUUUAUGCACUAGAAAGAGUAUUUCACAACACCAAUAUGCUAUUUCUUCAUCAUUUUGUGCUUAUUUUACAUGAAUUCUGCACUUUAAGUGAUGCUGCUAGCAUUGAGCAGCUAAUGCAACAUGCCUUUGACAGUUAGGUCAAAGAUUGUGGCAAUUUUAACUUAAUAUACGAACCCCAAAGAUUCGCCUAGAGGAUGAAUGUCCUAACGGGCCAUGUAAUGGUUCGUGCCUUAUAUAAGGAAGCCAAUUAUUAUUAUAUUAAUGGAAGGAAUUUUUAUACCAGUGUUUACUAUAGCUGGUAACUAUAAUAGGAUAUUUUUCAAACUUUUAGAAUGUAAAGUAUAAUGUGGUAGAUAGCAAACAUGAGAGAGAGAGAAAAGCGAUGUGUCUUGUUUUUUAGUAAUUUAGUGUUUAAUAGUACCUUCAUGGUUCUUUGCUGUUGAGAGGUUCAAACAUAAAUAUACCCAUCCAAAUUAUUCUUGACAAUGGCAUUUAUUCUUCCUUAUUGAUUGACAAGACUGCUAUUAAGCUGUUAACCAAAUUUUUUCUACGCUUGGUUCAGCAAGUUACUGAGCUUGUAAAUUUUUUCCUCCCUUCAUUUAUAUUCAGAAAUCUGUAGUAUUCAUGCAGGUUCCUGUUAUUCUAGCGCAUAGAGUAUGGAAAGGCAUCAGUGAGGGCAGUUAUUUGGGGCUAUUUACCAUGGACCAAGUUCUCUUUGUUACGUCAAGGAAAGUGGCCACCAUGGUAAAUGUAGCUUUUGUAAAAAUUCAAGUUUACCAUAUGUUCUGAAUAGCAUAUUUUUACUGGGAAUUAAGUGUUUUACUGGUCCCAUAGUUUAAGACUUACCAAGCAUGGGGUUGCAUAUAUGCACUGUGUUUGUAGUUGUACAGUCAUCCUUGUUGUUUCUAUGUUGACUUGUAUUGUUACCACUUUGCUACUUGAGCUCAUGAGACCAAGAAAUCUUUUUAAUUCUUCAUUUAGACAUUUUUGCUGCUGCUGCUGCUGUCAGUGUAGCUGACAUUCCAAGGCAAGGGGUAUUUAUGCUUUCUUUGAAGACUUCAGUCCUUCAAGGGGGAAGGAGGUGCCUGGAUGUUGGUGAAGGGUUCGUGAUUCAAGAAAUUGGAACUAUCUUCCCCUUCCUUGGAUCAAACCUGAUUACCUCCCAUUCCCCAGGCACUGUAUAACCCCUAUGGGUUUAGUGUUUCCCCAUGAAUAUAUUAAUCAUAAUUUGAUGGCUUGGAUCAAGUCUUAACAUUGGUCAUGGGGCAAUAUUGGCCAUAUUAAAAGACUUCACAGAGAAAUGUAAGAAUGCCUAUGUCGGAUAUAUUGCAGUUGGCAGAAGAAAUACAUAAUGAUGCUGUGCUAAUCAGUUAGUUGAUAAAACAUAAGGGGUUUUAUUCUAUUGUGUCUCAUAAUAUUAACUAACAAUUCAGUAAUAAUGAAUUUCAUUUAAAACUGUUAGGUUCUACAAUUCUGCCUUAAAAGUUCUUGUUCAUCAUGUUCCUGUAUUAUAUUUAAAAUUGAUUUAAUAUUAUAUACUGUAUAUAUAUAUAUAUAUAUCACUCACACGGUGUGUGUGUGUGUGUGUGCAUAUUUCCAUGCCUGAGUUAUGUUUUGUAUACUAGUUCAAGGACGACCAUUUAUGCAAAAGGAAAUUUCGUUGGUUAUGACUAUAUAUAUAUCAUUAAAGUGUAAUUUUAAACCCCAGCAUUUCUUAAUUCCAAAGAAAUAAAAAUUGAAUAUGUAUUUCCUUUUUUUUUUUGUAGUAUUAGAGUAGUUUGGUUUAAUUGCUCAUUAUAAAUAGCUUGUUUGAUGCUAGAUGCAUUCUUUGGAGUAGAGUUAUUGUAAAUGAUUAUUGGUAUGAACUGAAAGUGUGAUGCUUUGCAGGUGGAUUAAUCAAUAACAAACCCAGGAGUUGGUAAACCGAGUGCUUGCUUGCGUUGGAUUAUUUUGUAAUUAACCACUGGUAUCCAGGGAAGUAAGGAAGAGCUUGUAGAAGGCUAGUCUGCUGUGAAGCAGACAACAAAUUGUUUAGGAAGGCAAGCUCUUCAGUGUGUAAGUGUUCUGUGGAUGGUGUACUGGUUGAUGAUAUGUACAAGUACACUUGACCAGUUGUGUAAACUUUUUCAGCCCCAAUGAUUAUUAAACUCUUGUACUUCUUUGUACUUUGUAGGUUCUAGUUAAUGUUUGCAAUUGUUUUGUAUCCAGACUUUUCUCUCCAUACUGAAAGGUUCGUUGUGAUAGUUAUGCCUGGUGCGUACAAAUGGAAAAUUUCUCUGCUAUUUGAGCAUGUUAUGUGUUGUGUAUAGGUUUCUUAUUCAGAGUUUUGUUUUGUGUGUGAUUCUGUAUUAAUGGAAUUAUUUACUGGUGCAGUGACAUUGCCUGUCUUUGUGAACCAAGUACUUCUAAGUUUUUAUAAAAUUAUAUGAAGUAUUCUUUCUAGCAAUACUUACUGUAAACCAUUUUAAGGAAAAUAUGAGAAUGUUUAACCUUUUGUAUCUUCUUUUUCUUCCUCAAUCUGGCAAUACAGAUAUAAAUCAGGAUUCAGUCUGUUAUAAUAUUGUUUGUAUGAAUACACUUCAUUAUUAAGGAAAUUUGGAUGUUGACAAAGAAGCUGUCCAUAAUUUAGCCUUCAGUCAGUAUUUUAUUUACUCUCCGAAGUGGCCUUAAACCAGGCGUGUGAGAUGCAAGACACACCAAAGCACGUUCCAGAAAACACAGCAACGAGCCUUCUCUCUCCUACUACAUACUUCUGUAGUGAUAAAUGUAAGAUGCUUCAUUUAAUGUGCGGCACAGACCACUCUUCAUUUAGACCUAGCUAUUUCCAUAAGGCCUUGGAAUUUAUUUCUAAAGGAAUAUUUAAAUAAGCUGUAUGGAACAUUCUAAGUCUAAAACCAGUGGUCUUGGUGAAUAUAUAUAUAUUUUUUUCUGUUAUAUGGUAAGUCAAUGUUCAUACACUUCAAAAUGCCUUGUUCCUUAGGGUGCCUUAAAGCAUAUUGUAUAUUACUAUUUUUUUUAACAAACUGGGACACCUUGAGGUAAACAAUGGGUAAUUAAGGCCUAAUUAGCCAUUAAUGUAUGUAUAACAUUUAAUCACAAGAUAGGAAGUGGAUCACAUAGUCACUAAUUCUAACAUUCUUAGGUAAUUUUCAGAUUUCUCAAAUUUAUCAACUGUGAACUCUCAACCAAAGUAUUAAUUUUAAAUUUUCAUGUACUAGCCUUAUCAGUUAGUGUGGCAAGUAUUAUAAACUUCAUUUCAGUGAAUGUAGCUAUGCAUACACAUGUACAUGUGUGUUCGCACACACACAUGCACAUGUACAUGCAUGUGCACACGCACACAUACGUACAUAUAUUCAAAAUACUCAGAGGAAGUGAUAGGGUAGACAGACAGGCUGUUUGAGAGGUAAGAAACAGGCACUUGGGGACAUGGAAGGUAAAGGCACAGAUGAGCUAUUGGGAUGUCAGGGAAUAUUUCUUCAAUCCCACAGUGGGUAGGAAGUGGAAUGAUCUUGAGAUUGUAAAGGCAAGCUCCAUAUAUUGUUUUAAGAGCAGGCACAAUAGUGCCCGUGGGAGUAGGAGGAAGUGAAUCUGGCAAGUUGAGGGGUGGGGCCAGGAGCUAGGACUCAAACCCUGAAACCACAUAUUGGUAAUACACAUCAUCCUAAUCUGCUCUGCCCUAUUUAAAUGCCCAGACCACCUCAACAACCCCACUGUCUUCUGCCCUCUACUUAAUACCUCUCAUAAUUCCAACACCAUAUUUGCAUAGUGUUCACACCACACAUUGCUCUUAAACAUGUCUACACUUCCUUGAUCCUUUUCAUUGCAAAGUUUAAUGCCCAUUCCUUAUGCCUAUAUAAAAGUGCUGGUGCCACUAUGGUACAGUACAUUCCUAUUUUUUCUUCUUCCUCCAUAAAUAUACUUUUCUCCACAGAUGCCUUAACACUCCACCAACCUUUUCCCAUUCAUCUAUUCUAGGGUUCACUUCAUCUUUCAUAGACCUAUUAGCAGACAGAUCAACCCCCAAAUAUCUAAAUACAUUCACUUCAUCCAUACUUCCUCCUUCCCAUCUAAUACCCAAUUUUUUAUUGCUUCAACUUUUUGUUAAUCUCAUACCUUGCUCUUUUCUGUGUUUACUUUUAAUUUUCUUCUUUUGCACACCCAAACUUAUCCACGAACUUUUGUAACUUCUCUUCAGAAUUUUCCCAAAGAACUAUGUCAGUGGGAAAGAUCAAGUAUGACAACUACUGCUUCAAAUCAGAUUCAUUAUCAUUUAAUCCCAUACCUCUCCCAACACCCUAGCAUUACUUCUUUUACAAUCCCAUCUACAACCAGGGUGACAUCAUACAACUCUGCCUAAGGCCUGCUUAUAUUGAAAAAUUAUCCCCUUCUCUCCUAUACCCUAACCUUAGCCUCACUCUCCUCAUGCAGUUACUGCUUUUAGCAAUGUACUACAUUAUCCAAUCAUUUGCAACAUCUGCCACACUAUGCCUUUUAUAAAUCCAUAAGUGUGACACUCUCUCUCUUACCCUUAUCUAAGUUUUUUUUUUUUUUUUUCAACAAGUCGGUCGUCUCCCACCGAGGCAGGGUGACCCAAAAAAGAAAGAAAAUCCCCAAAAAGAAAAUACUUUCAUCAUCAUUCAACACUUUCACCACACUCACACAUUAUCACUGCUUUUGCAGAGGUGCUCAGAAUACAACAGUUUAGAAGCAUAUACGUAUAAAGAUACACAACAUAUCCCUCCAAACUGCCAAUAUCCCAAACCCCUCCUUUAAAGUGCAGGCAUUGUACUUCCCAUUUCCAGGACUCAAGUCCGACUAUAUGAAAAUAACCGGUUUCCCUGAAUCCCUUCACUAAAUAUUACCCUGCUCACACUCCAACAGAUCGUCAGGUCCCAAGUAUCAUUCGUCUCCAUUCACUCCUAUCUAACACGCUCAUGCACGCUUGCUGGAAGUCCAAGCCCCUCGCCCACAAAACCUCCUUUACCCCCUCUUUCCAACCCUUUCGAGGACGACCCCUACCCCUCUUUCCUUCCCCUAUAGAUUUAUAUGCUUUCCAUGUCAUUCUACUUUGAUCCAUUCUCUCUAAAUGACCAAACCACCUCAACAACCCCUCUUCUGCCCUCUGACUAAUGCUUUUAUUAACUCCACACCUUCUCCUAAUUUCCACACUCCGAAUUUUCUGCAUAAUAUUUACACCACACAUUGCCCUUAGACAGGACAUCUCCACUGCCUCCAACCGUCUCCUCGCUGCUGCAUUUACCACCCAAGCUUCACAUCCAUAUAAGAGUGUUGGUACUACUAUACUUUCAUACAUUCCCUUCUUUGCCUCCAUAGAUAACGUUUUUUUGACUCCACAUAUACCUCAACGCACCACUCACCUUUUUUCCCUCAUCAAUUCUAUGAUUAACCUCAUCCUUCAUAAAUCCAUCCGCCGACACGUCAACUCCCAAGUAUCUGAAAACAUUCACUUCUUCCAUACUCCUCCUCCCCAAUUUGAUAUCCAUUUUUUCUUUAUCUAAAUCAUUUGAUACCCUCAUCACCUUACUCUUUUCUAUGUUCACUUUCAACUUUCUACCUUUACACACAUUCUCAAACUCGUCCACUAACCUUUGCAAUUUUUCUUUAGAAUCUCCCAUAAGCACAGUAUCAUCAGCAAAAAGUAACUGUGUCAAUUCCCAUUUUGAAUUUGAUUCCCCAUAAUUUAAUCCCACCCCUCUCCCGAACACCCUAGCAUUUACUUCCUUUACAACCCCAUCUAUAAAUAUAUUAAACAACCAUGGUGACAUUACACAUCCCUGUCUAAGACCUACUUUUACCGGGAAGUAUUCUCCCUCUCUUCUACACACCCUAACCUGAGCCUCACUCUCCUCAUAAAAGCUUAUCUAAGUAUUGUUAAUAAUUAAUCUACACAUUCCCUACCUUUCCCAAAGCCUUAUUUUUGCUCUGCAAUCUUACUUUCCAUGUUACCCCUAAGUCAUCCAAUAUUAUUAUUGUACACUUCGCUCGGUAUACUCAACACUCUUAUUACCCUAUACUUCUUAUGCUGUCUUGUCCCCUUUUCUCUUAUAUGAAGGAACCAUGCAUGCUCUCUGCUAAUCUUUAGUUAACUUUCAUGCUUAUAUUUAAUAAAUACACCAAGCACUCACUCAGUGUCUCCCUAUCCCUUUAAUAAUCUCAGUCUUAUUCCCUUCUUUCCAAGUUGCUUUCUUCCCCUUUCAUUCAUAUGAUGGUCAUCUCCCACUAAAGUACUGCAACCCAAAAAAAAAGUAAAAAUAUACAGAUAUACAUACACACAAAGAUAUAUACUGUAUAAAGGAAUAACCCCAAGAUUAAGAAAAUAGUGUAGCUAUAUUUGGUCUAGCAAGAGGCCCUCUUGUCUGAAGAGGGUUGUCUUUAGCUAGACUGAAAAUAUGUACUAUUUUCUUAUUGAUCAAUACAGGUCAUUCCUAUUGAUUAUCCAUAUGGUCAGUGUAUGUUUUUUUUUCAAGUCUAUGCAUACAUACAUGCGUACAUACAUUCACACAUACAUUCACAAACACAUGCUAUAUUUAAUAAGCCAAGUCAGUCAUACAAGCUGAUCUUUAUUCAAAGUUAUUGUUUUAAUAUGGUUUAUUCCAUGGUAUGUAAUGAAUAUUAAUGUGAAUAAACAGUAUGGAACUUUUGCACUAGAACUAAUUUGCUAUCCCAGAGUUAUAUUUAUUUUUGCUAUAAUGCAGCAAAAAACAAAAACACUCGAGUAUUACUAAAAUUAUUGUAUUUCUUAGACAGGGAAUAAAACUAAAAUUAGACUGACCUUAAAUUGGUUAUGAUUUUUAAGC